UCUCGCCUCUUCUACUUACUAAUCUCCUGCAUCAGACAAUCACUCUCGAUCAAAUCUCUCAAAACAACUCCUAGAACCAUUGCAACCAAAUGGAGGACCAACCCCGCCAGCAACCCCAGGCCGCCGCAACCCAGGAGCCCAGGGGCCUCUCCUCCACAAGGGGCCCCUCGACCGGCCAGGUCCUCAAGGUCGUCAUGCUCGUCCUGCUCGGCGGUGUCCUCCUCCUCCUGGCGGGCCUCACCCUAGCGGGCACCCUCAUCGGGCUCGCUGUCAUGGCCCCGCUCUUCGUCCUCUUCAGCCCAGUGCUCAUCCCGGCGGCUCUCACCAUUGGCCUCGUGGCCACUGGGUUCUUGAUGUCGGCGGCAUUCGUGCUCACGGCGCUGUUUUUCUUCAUGCGGAUGAACUCCCUAAGGACGAGGAUGAGGGAGCAAUAUACAAUUUCUGGCGGAGAACAUGAGGAUUCUAGAGCCUCAAAUUCCUUGGCCUCAUCAGAAUGUAAUGAUUCUAGGCCAUCUGCUUCCGUCGACAAUGGGAAGGGGAAGUCUGUCGUGGUCGUCGAUCAACAGCAACAGCUUGCUUUGAGAGAUUAA